AUGCCCGCUCCCACCUCGCUGCAGCGCGCCCUGCUCACUGCCGCCAAUGUCUUGAUUCCCGUUGCUGUGCUAACCUUCGCCGUCGGCUUCUUCCCCUACAAGCCCUUCCUCCCCGGUCUUGCUGAAUAUGGCCCCUCUGUCUACGGCAGUCCGCCCGACGCCCCCUUCGACAAGGUGGUCUUCAUGGUCGUCGAUGCCCUCAGAAGUGAUUUCGUCUUCUCCAACACCUCCGGCUUCGACUUUACCCAAAGCCUGAUCUCCUCCGGCGCCGCGCUUCCUUUCACUGCCCAUGCCACCUCCCCGACCAUCACCAUGCCCCGCGUGAAGGCAAUCACCACUGGUUCCAUCCCAUCCUUCCUAGACGUCAUUCUCAACUUCGCCGAGUCGGAUACUACCUCGACCCUGGCAUACCAAGACACAUGGCUGGCCCAAUUGAAGGCCAAGAAGGGAGGGAAGCUCGUCAUGUACGGCGACGACACCUGGCUGAAGCUGUUCCCGGAGACGUUCGAGCGCGCCGACGGCACCUCGAGCUUCUUCGUUUCGGACUUCACCGAAGUGGACAACAAUGUGACCAGACAUGUUCCCGGCGAGCUGCGCAACAGUGACUGGAAUGCCAUGAUCAUGCACUAUCUUGGUCUUGACCAUAUCGGCCACAAGGCUGGACCCUUGAGCCCGAACAUGAUUCCAAAGCAGGCCGAGAUGGACGGAAUCGUCAAGCAGAUCUACGAGGCUAUCGAGACCCAACCGCACCUCGAGUCUACCCUUUUGGUGCUAUGCGGUGACCACGGCAUGAACGAUGGAGGCAACCACGGCGGGUCUGCCCCCGGAGAAACAUCUCCCGCCCUCGUCUUUAUGUCUCCCAAGCUGAAGGCCAUUUCCAAGGGCCUAUCUUGCCCGACAGCUCCCUCUCAGGACUUCGACUACUACGAGAAGAUUGAGCAGUCCGACAUCGCCCCGACGCUUGCUGGACUGCUUGGAUUCCCUAUACCAUUGAACAACCUGGGAGUUUUUAUCCCCGAUUUGCUGCAAAUGUGGCCAAAGGGAGAUGAUCGCGCCCAACUGCUCCUAAGGAACGCAUACCAAAUCCUGAAGAUUGCCGAAGCCACUUUCCCCAAUGCGCUAUUCCAGGAUCUGUCAUUUCUUGCCAAGUGUGAUUCAGUCAGUUCAACUGGCGAUGAGUUAGCCUGCAAGUGGCUCAGAGUGAAGGAUUCCCUCGAACGGGGAAAGGGUCAGCUCCCGCAAGCUGAGCUGAUCCUUGACCAAACACUCGAGUUCUGUCGAGCUGCUCAAGAAGCAUUGAGUAGCACAGCCAGCAACUACAAUGUCACCCUACUCAUUGCUGGUGCUGCCUUGGCUACAGUCAGCACGGCACUCGCCAUCGUUGUCAUCUCGCCGAACCUUUUCCCGGCAUCAGCUGUCGGCAUCUUCUUUGCCUUGCUGACUGUCUUAUAUGGCAUCAUGAUGUUUGCGAGCAGCUAUGUGGAAGAAGAGCAGCAUUUUUGGUACUGGGCAACGUCGGCUUGGUUUGCUCUGUUGUUCAUUCUCAAGUCACGGAAGACCAACGUUCCCCGCAAUGUUCUCCCUAUUGGGGUCUUGCUGCUAUGUCAUCGCGUUACACGUCGCUGGAACCAAACAGGUCAGAAGUACGCCGGAGCUCCUGACAUCGUGCACAGUGCGAUCAUGACACAUCCGGUUGUGCUCUGGUCUCUGGUCAGCAUUACGUACAUCCAUCUCACUAUGCGAAUCAAGACACACCUCACCCGCCGCUUUCCGAGGACUAGUCAGGGGAAACAGCUCCAGACUUUCGCAGUUGGUAACGCGUUUUUGUUGUGUGGUGUGGCUUUCUUGUUCAAACUCAGCUUCACUGCCCGAGAUGCGCCGGAGCUUGUGCGUGGAGCCAGUCCCGGCGCCAUGGUGUUUUUGGAAAGCUUAAACCUCGUCAAACUGGUUCGCUGUGUCUUCAUCGGUUCCAUUGUCGGUGUUGGAUGGGUGGUUCUGAGAGAAACCGCAGAAGGCAAGGGAAAGUCUGGCAGCCUGAUCGUAGACGCGCUACACGACUUCCUCGCGCUGACGCUCCUCACGCAAACGCGCGCGUCCAACAUCCCGCUCUUCCUCGUCUUCCGCCUGCAGCAGCACUACCUCACACAGCUCAACCUCAGCGCGACCGAGCACACUCUCACAUCGCUGCUGCUCGCGCACACGUCCUUCUUCGCCCUCGGCAACUCCAACGCCAUCUCCAGCAUCGACCUGUCCAACGCCUACAACGGCGUCUCGGGCUACAACAUCGUCGCCGUCGGCGUGCUGCUCUUCGCCGCCAACUGGGCCGGCCCCUUUUACUGGACUUCGGCCGCCGUGCUGGGCCUGCUCGACGCCGCGCGCUGGAGCCGCGGCAGCGCCGCCCUGCGCCGCGUCAUGCGCGAGAAGGAGAUGCAGAAGUGGAAGGAGGUGCAGCGCCGCGACGCCGCGACCGGGAAAGUCGCGGCCGCGUCCGAGCCGGGCCACCUGCCGAAGCUGCAGAGCGCGUUGGAGGGCGUCGGGCUGGCCGAGGAUGUGGAGGGUAUGUGGUUCAGGCAUUUCGCGCGCUUGACGGUGUGGGUCGCGGCGGGCGUCGUGGCCGUCAUGGUGGCGUGCGCGGUGCUGCGGACGCAUUUGUUCAUCUGGACCGUGUUUAGUCCGAAGUAUUUGUACGCCAUGGCCUGGGCGGUGGGGUUCCAUUUGGUGUUCUUCGUCCGCACAACUUCUUCCGACGCCACCCUCAUCUCCUCCCUGACAAUUCCCAACGAAGACGACCGUCUGCAGUACAUCAGGCCAGCUUCUCCCUCGCUCACCAAGAUGCACUACCUCAAGCUCCUCACCAUCGCCUUCGCCGUCAUGCUCGGCACGGUUAUCACCUCUCCCAUCAAGAACAGCAGUGACCUUGACGACCCUUCCGGAGAGCUCAAUCCCGACGCCUGA